GGUGAAAUAACUUUAUUUAAGACCUUUGUUACGAUUGCUCAACUUGGCACAGUGAUUUGUAGCUCAAGGACGGCCGAAUAAUGGGAACAAACUUGUAGAAAAGAUUAUGCUCGGUAGUUUCUACCAUGAGGACCACGGCGUCAACGGUGUGCAUUUGUUUUGUGGGAAUAGCUUGAUAUUUUGUAUUUGCAAUGUCAUUGGUCGUUCAUGUGAGAGUCGGUGUGGUGAGUCACAGGGAGAAUGCUCCUGCCAUGCUACAUGCCAGUCUCUCCAGGACUGCUGUGUGGACUACGGACAGUUCUGUCUCAAAAUUGCCCCCUAUUCAGCAUCCAUGUUUGGGGGGAGCACAUUCAUGCUCCUCAAUGUCACCUUCGAUCCAGGCCAGCAACUCCACUGCAGGUUCAGAGGUGAGGUUGUGACCGAGGGGUUCGUUGAUCCAGAGGGCAGAGGUCACUGUAUCUCACCCCUGCUGUACGAGACCGGCUGGGUUCCCUUCGACGUCUCCACCGAUGGAGCCCCUUUCCGUAGGCCAGGGGAGUAUUUAUCAGUCCAUCAAAGUAAACUUGAACCAGCUUCCAGGCUGAUCCUGGUGAAUGCCACCCAGUGGCAGCAUUAUGGUACUGCAGGCACGGCCGGGGCCCUCAGCAUGACCUGGAACCCCCCUGUGAUAGGAGCAGAGAGGGUUGACGUGGAGCUGUGGGGCUACAGAGAGGUAGAUACCAAUACAGAGACGGGGGGGAACAGCUCAGCGUCGCUCAGGGCAGAGUGGACGUUCCUGUACUCCCUGGGGAGAGACUUCCCUAACAGUGGGAGCUUCAGUUUCGACCCCAGGCCCUCGGGGGCACCCCACUCUGACUGGAGGCUGGGGAGUGUCCGUGUAGGAGCCAGCACACACUCAGCUGGGGCCCGAAACGUGCGGGCGGUGUGGAGCGGGGCCCAUGCCCUGGCCUGGCACCUGGAGCCGGCCUUCAGGCAGGACUCUGCGCCCUGGGCCUUGGCCUGGGGCCUGCAGUGGGACGCCCAGGAGAGGAGCCUGCCUCGCUUCCUGUCGGAGGUCCUUGACUGCCCCUGCACGCUGGCCCAGGCUCGCGCAGACACCGGCACCGUCGCCUCCUAUAGCUCCAGAACCACCCCCCCCUUUAUUCGUGACCAUCGUCUUGACGCCACUACUCAACGAACCACAGUCAAGAACUCGCAACAGUGUUGCUAUGACAGCACGGGGGCCCAGGUCCUGACAGGGGACUCGAUUGGAGGUAGCACCCCAGAUCGGGCUCACGACUGGGGCUCGCCUCCGUACAGAGACCCUCCCCGGGUCCCAGGGCUCUCCCACUGGCUCCACGAUGUGCUCAGCUUCUACUACUGCUGUCUGUGGUCCGACCACUGCCAGGUCUACUUCAGCCAUCGUCCGUCCUCUGGUUGCCGUGCCUACCGACCCCCUGGGGCUGGCUCUGUCCUGGGAGACCCUCACUUCAUCACCUUUGACGGUCUGGCCUACUCCUUCGACGGCCGAGGGGAGUACCAGCUGCUCCUGUCCCUCCAGGAGGGGCUGAGCGUCCAGGGCAGGACGGAGCAGGUCCACCUCCAGAACGGUACUCUAGCUCGGGCUACAAGGUUGUCCUCCGUGGCGAUGAAGGAGAACACCUCUGACGUCAUAGAGGUGCGCCUGGCGCUGAGGCAGGACCAGCUGCAAGUGCUGAGGAACCAGAAGGUUCCGUCCUUCUCCGAGCAGAGCUGGAUGGACCUGAGAGGCGUGUUCCUGUUCUCUCCAACCCCCCACAACGUGACCGUGAUGUUCUCCUCUGGCGUGGCCGCGGAGGUGCGCGGCCGAGCAGGCGCCAUGGCGAUCACCGUGCUCCUCCCGCCUGGGUCCACCAACCGCACCCAGGGCCUGCUGGGCCAGAUGAACUCUGACCCCGAGGAUGACCUUCUCACCAGCCUGGGCGGGGUCAUACACCCUACCAACAGCAGCCCCGAGGACCUCUUUGAAUUCGGAGCGAGCUGGAACAUCUCGGAGGAGACUUCCUUGUUCGCCUACGACACCCAGCACCUCCUGGAGAGGUACUUCCUUCCUCCGAAGCACCGCCCAGACUUCCUGCCUGCCUUCUCCGCCCCCGAGGCCCCAGGGGACCCUCUGGUGGCGGCCAUGUUGGACCUGUGCUUUGGGGACGGCACCCAGUUCUGCAAGUACGACACCCUGACCAUGCGGAGCCUGGCGGCGGGCAACGCCACCCUGCGCUCCUACCAGGAGCACCAGGCCCUGCGCCGAGACCUGCAGCCUGUCGUGUCCUGCGGCUGGCUGGCCGCACCCAGGCACUGUCGGAAGGAAGGAACACGCUACCUGCAGGGGGGCACGCUGAGGUUCUCCUGCCAAGACGGUUACCCGUUCCACGGUUCCUCAGACCGCACCUGCCUGGAGGACGGCGCCUGGAGCGGAGAACCGGCCUAUUGCUUCUCGGAUAAUGUCCUAGGAGUUGUACUGGGAACAGCAGGCUGCCUCACUGCACUCAUAACCAUGGGAGUGAUGAUCAAACGACACACCAGCAAACGGCUACGGAAAACUGGACCAACAGGAAGGAGUGGUCGAAUUGGAACAGACCUGAUUACCGUAGCAACACCAAACCCUGACCAUCCUCGGUCAUCAUUAGCCCAGCCUGCCUCCUGACAGUCUCUCCGGUAAACAAACCUGAUUCUACCACUCGGUUUAUCCUGGGUGUGUAUCCUGGGUUUACAUCGUAAACAAACACGCAUGUGAUAGUACUAACUAAUAACAUGUCAGUUAUGAGUUUUUAGUUGUAGUUGAGCCUUUACAUACAGAAUCGUUUUUUGUUGUUGUUUUUCUGCUCUCAAAAUACAAAUGUAUCUGGGCUGUGGCUGAUAUCUGCCCCAUGUCUGUAUUGAGUUACCGGUUGUACUUCUUUAUCUGAAGAGUGUUUGGUUGCAAAUAACAUUGAGAUAUCAUCUCGACAACCUUCUCCAAUUCUCUCUUCAUUGGUUCCAGGUGUGUG